AUGAAUUUCUUGAGUGAUCAUGAGAACGUCGAGCCGUCAGCAUCGGAUGUGACGGUUGUGAAUGUUCUGAAUGAAACGGGUCAAAGAAAACGCCGUUUUCUGGACGAUGAUCCAUUCUCCAUGCCUCCAGAUGAUCAGUUUGUUCAUCCUAUGGACUGGCACAUGAGAAUGCCACUCACAUUGGAGGAACACGAGAACACUCGAGCGAAAACCGAUGAUGAAUUGGCUGCUACGCAGUUAUUCCAGCGGAUCUGCCAAGCAAGGGCGAAAAGAAUGCGGGCGAUGAGGGAGCAACGGCAAGAGCACGAGCAUCCUAGUUCAGAUGAUGAAGGUGAAAAGGAAAAGCAGGUUAUGGAAUCACCACCAAUUGAUGGGUCAUCAUGGAUUGGAGUUAAUAGUGACGACAGGCAUGAAAGGUUCUAUAUUCGUUAUCUACGGCAGCCACGUGUGCCGCGAGCUGCAAACGUUGGUUCGAAUGAAGUUCGCGCUGAAAUUCUCAAUCAACAAUGGGAGAGAAUAAAGGCAGAAAUCGAGGCAGUCAGGUAUGACCGGAUGUUCGUAAUAUUUCUGGAAAAGAAGCGUCGCUUUCAAUUUUUUGGCUGUCCAAGGCCUGCGUUCUCCUUCCUUUAA